AUGAUAUUCUCCAGAUCAAGCAAUAGCAAACGAAAAUCUCACACACCUUCAUCAACAUCUACCCCAUUGUUGUCGCGUCUUAAUGUAUCUACACCCGCCGUUUAUUAUACCAAUCAAAACAACAGCAGUGCCAGCAAUGUGUCUCCACGUGCCACUGACAUGAAUCCAUCUCUAUCCUACGGCGGUGGUGGUAGCCCUAUUCCUACACCUAGCACAUCAUGGACAUCCGAAAUGAGCGUAUUAGCCGAUAAGAUUCGAGAUGACACGGUGCAUACUGUUGACAGUCUUGAUCGUCGAAGCAUCUCACAAGGCAUGAAAUUGGUGGCCAUUGCAGCUGACGAAUACGAGGAUGGCAAUAAUACGGUGGCACUUGACAUUUACCUCUCUGGCAUUGAUAAAAUCCUGAUGGCUCUUCCAAAUAAAACGGAUCCAAAGACCAAGGUGGCAUUACGAGAAAAGUUGACAAGUGUGGAAGAACGUGUUGGUAUUUUGCACAUUGCGAGUCAACACCGGCAAAAGCGUUAUCAAGAAGAAUGGGAUGAUCCAGAAGUAAAGCGGUCGUUGUUAGAAUCCAUUGGUCUAUCUCGAAUCACUACCACUAUUAGCACCAUUACAACGAUUGCUUCGAAUCGUGCUUAUCCACCAGCAUCCAACACCCCUUCAUCUGUCAUGCAACAUCAAGCAAGUGCGGUCGCUGUUUCUUCUUCACCAUCAUCAUCACCACCUUCAAGAUACGAUCCCGUGGAUCGUUUCAAGCAAUUUGGUCAGACCAUUAUCAAUGCUACCGUGACCCUUGCUAUUUUGAUCAAGCAAUCGCCUCUUCCAGAUGUGGUCUACUUUUUGUUUGGAUACCUAUGCCAGAUGUUGAUUUGGGUUGACCACCAAUAUCACAUCACGCAAAAGGCACAAGACUUGGGUGUUGAAUGUGUAAAGUGGAUGCUCAAGAUGGAUGAACAAUAUCGACUACACGAAUUUGCUUCCGAAGCCAUGUACAUGUUGAUUGCUGCAGGACUGAAAGCCGCCGUUGCAUACAAGGAAGCCCCUGCUUUUCGACAAAACACAUCCCAUAUUCAUGAAAUCACUGAUGAUGAUCAAGAUGAACAUUACAGCCAUGAAGCAAUUGAACCUUGUCCUCCACCUAAACGUCCUUCUCGGUGGGUCAUUUGGUAA